AUGUCUGCCUCAAACGAAAGCAAUUUGUUCAACAUCAUCGUGGUUGGCGGUGGCAUCGCAGGAUUAUCCGCGGCGAUUGCGUUGAGAGGGUCAAAUCGAAAGAUAAUUGUUCUGGAGCAGAGUCGCCUCAACCGAGAGAUCGGCGCCACAAUAUCUCUCCAGCCAAAUGCGUCAAAAAUUGUCGAGAAACAAUGGGACCUCGAAGAAGGCCUUGCGAAGACGGGGUCUAUGGCCGACAAAGCUUUUCGGAUUUACAACACAGAAGGAAAACUACAUGCAGAGAUUCCCUUUCACUUGAAGAAGAGCUAUGGCGCUGAGAGAAUGAUCUAUCAUCGUGUCGAUUUACAUGAUGCUCUAAAGUCUGCAGCAACGCGAAACGAAGGAAACGUGGAUCCUGUCGAGAUCCGAACGGGCUGCGUAGUCCGGAAAUGCGACCCAGAGGCUGGAACCGUCGCACUCGAGUCCGGGGAAGUGCUUUCUGCAGACCUCAUUGUUGGAGCUGAUGGGAUCAAGAGCGUUCUUCGACAAUCGAUCAUCGGAAAGGAAGCCCCCGCGAUACCAACUGGACUCUCCGCAUACCGACUAGUGAUUGACAGCUCCGAGUUGGAGCAAGACAAAGAUUUCACAUCCGUGAUAGAUCCGAGGGAGUCGUUCACCACUAUGAUCAUGGGCCAUGAUAGACGUAUCAUCAUGGGCCCCGCGAGGAACGGAGCAAUCUACAGCAUUGUAGCUCUAGUACCAGAUGACCAAAUGCAGGAAAAUGCCGAAGGUAAGUCGUGGACCACCAAGGGUAGUCCCGAUAAGCUCAGGGAAACAUUUGACGUUUUUCCAAAAUGGGCCAAGGCUGUUUUCAAGAACUGCACAGAAGUUGGAUUGUGGCAGCUUCGCGACCUAGACCCUUUGGAUACUUGGUACUGCAAACGUGCAAUCAUUAUCGGUGAUGCCGCGCAUCCGAUGCUGCCGACUCAAGGACAGGGGGCCAGUCAGGCAAUCGAGGAUGCAGAGGCUCUAGGAGCCAUCUUUUCAGACAUCAAGGAAAAGCCGACCCGAUCGCAGAUUACAGAGAGACUGAAGGUGACAAUCCUAUUAGCCAUUGAUGUUGAGGCUCAGUGGCUAACAUUUCAACAGAUAGUAUUCGACUGUCGGUACGAGAGGGCCACACUCAUCCAAGGCUACAGUAGAGAGUCCGGAAAGCCUGCGACAGACAAGGGCAACAACAAGAUCAAGAUGAAUCCGGCUGAGUUCAUGGACUAUAAUUGUACCUACAAUGGCGCAAAAGACUGGAUUGAGCGACAGGCCAGGGCGAAGAUAUUGGCUGAAGUUGAAGAGUCGAAGGGUACCGCGCCAAUCUCCAUUGCGACGAAACAGAUGGCUGCAAUUGCUCUGGGCAGUAAAUGA